GAGCGCUGGAUUCCCCGCCACCGCCGCCCGGCCAUCUCUUCGUGGGUUCGGGCCCUCAGGACGUUUUGGAUUUGCCCUCCUUCCUCUUUCUGAAGAUCUGAGGUUGGCCGCCAGGUCUGGGAGCUUUGAAACGCGAGAGUCCGAGUUCCUCUUGUUUUCCGGUUCUGCCCGCGGGAACCUCCGGGGACGCGUGGAAGGAAGAGAAGGGCGUGCGUCUGAUGACAGGCCCCUUCGGUGCCUGCGCGCUCGCGGGGUCCCGCCUUGCGCUGCCGUGGGGUCGUUCUCACGCUUCGAGCCGCGGCUGUGUUUGUUGACAUAAGUGGAAACUGAUGCAAACCUACCCACCCCCCAAGGGCCCCAAAGACCUGGCCGAUCGAUCUAAUUUUCAGACACGUGUACUUGAACGUUCAGCGGAGAAGGGUUUAAAUACCGAAGAGAGUGGGAAAGUGCCAGCAUUUUGAGGGAUUUGUGUGCAUUUCCAAAACUGACUCGACCACCAUCCAACACCGGCAGUGCGGGCUUCGUGAGCGUCUCUCGCCAUCCUGCGGCUCCAACAUGUUCUGUUGGUUAAAGCUGCUAAACCCGGGUGUAGUCACACCCACCGGAAGGGUCAACCGGCUGAUCUGGGGUUCUUUCUCCAGAAGUCUGGUGCUGAGUUCACAGAGGAGAAUUCCAGAAUUCAGUAGCUUUGUUGCCCGGACCAAGACGUGUGGUGAGUUGCGGUCUUCUCACUUAGGCCAAGAAGUCACCUUGUGUGGAUGGAUUCAAUACCGAAGGCAAAACAUCUUCCUGGUCCUAAGAGAUUUCCACGGACUUGUUCAAGUUGUCAUUCCCCAGGAUGAGUCGGCCGCUUCUGUGAAGAAGAUUUUAUGUGAAGCCCCCGUGGAAUCUGUGGUGAAAGUGUCUGGGACAGUAAUUUCCCGACCUCCAGGACAAGAGAACCCAAAAAUGGCAACAGGUGAGAUUGAAAUCAAGGUUAAGACAGCUGAACUUCUGAAUUCCUGCAAGAAGCUGCCCUUUGAAAUUAAGGACUUUGUAAAGAAAACAGAAGCUCUUCGUUUGCAGUAUCGCUACUUAGACUUGCGUAGUUUCCAAAUGCAGUAUAACCUGCGGCUGAGGUCCCAGAUGGUCAUGAAAAUGCGGGAAUAUCUCUGUAAUCUACACGGGUUUGUGGAUGUAGAGACACCAACACUGUUUAAGAGGACUCCAGGGGGUGCAAAAGAGUUUGUAAUACCAUCCAGGGAACCUGGGAAGUUCUAUUCUCUCCCUCAGAGUCCUCAACAGUUUAAGCAGCUUCUGAUGGUUGGUGGUAUAGACAGAUAUUUUCAGGUUGCCCGAUGUUACCGCGAUGAAGGUUCGAGACCAGACAGACAGCCCGAGUUCACUCAGAUUGACAUAGAGAUGUCUUUUGUAGACCAGACCGGGAUCCAGAGACUAAUUGAGGGUUUGCUCCAGUAUUCCUGGCCUGAUGAUAAAGGCCCUUUGGGAGUUCCUUUUCCUUCUAUGACUUUUGCUGAGGCAUUGGCCAGCUAUGGAACUGAUAAGCCUGACACUCGCUUUGGGAUGAAGAUUGUAGAUAUCAGCGAUGUGUUCAGAAACACAGAGGUUGGAUUUCUUCGGGAUGCACUGAGUAAACCUGGGGGAGCCAUCAAAGCCAUACGUGUCCCCGGCGGAGCGAAAUACUUCAAAAGGAAAGACAUUGAGUCCAUUAGAAAAUUUGCAGCUGAUCGUUUUAAUCAGGAAGUCUUACCUGUAUUCCUGAAAGCCAAUAAGAACUGGAAUUCUCCAGUUGCUAACUUCAUAAUGGAGGAGCAAGGAUUGGGCCUAACCAGACAGAUGGAGAUCCAAGAGGAGGACGUGGUCCUGCUGACUGCUGGAGAGCACAGGAGAGCAUGCUCCUUGUUGGGAAAAUUACGACUGGAAUGUGCUGACCUUCUAGAAGCACGAGGAGUGGUGCUCCGUGACCCAGCUGUGUCCUCUUUCCUCUGGGUGGUGGAUUUCCCACUCUUCCUUCCCAAAGAGGAAAAUCCCGGCGAGCUGGAGUCAGCCCACCACCCGUUUACUGCUCCUCAUCCCAGUGACACCCACCUCCUGUACUCCGAGCCCGAAAAGGCCCGCAGCCAACACUAUGACUUGGUUUUAAACGGCAGUGAGGUAGGAGGUGGUUCCAUCCGGAUACACGAGGCACAGCUGCAGCACCACAUCCUGGAAGCAGUCCUGAAGGAAGAUGUGAAAUUGCUCUCCCACCUGCUCCAGGCUUUAGAUCACGGGGCGCCCCCUCAUGGAGGAAUUGCCUUAGGAUUAGACAGACUGAUAUGCCUUGUCACUGGAGCACCGAGCAUCAGAGAUGUCAUAGCCUUCCCGAAAUCCUUCCGGGGGCACGACCUCAUGAGCGGUGCCCCAGAUUUUAUCCCUCCUGAGGAACUGAAGCCCUAUCAUAUCCAGGUCUCCUGGCCAACUGACUCAGAAGCAGACAAGAACUCAUUGAAUCACCCACACCAUCCAGAAAGUUGAGCUUUUGAGUCUCAUCCUGUUUUGCUUCCUCAAGGCUCGAAUCUGAUGCGUGGUUCUGCCACAGACCUGACAAGUAUUUAGGUGGAAAGAGGCCAGGCAACAGUCUUCACAAUGAAGACACAGAUAGAAGAUAUCCAGUUUUGACUUGAAAACAUGCAUUAUGAGGACUUUUUUGUUUGGGACUUUUUCUUUUUCCUUGGCGAGGUGUGUGGCAGUCAUAUCAUGACUGUUUUCUAAUCAUGUUUUCCGUACCUGGAUAGUAAGUUGUUCACUUAGGACAAAAGUAAUCGAAUCAUGUGUGAAAUGAGAGAAAAUGCCCGCCCCCUUGGACUGGUCAACUGAUGGAGGAAUCAGUUCAAGCAGCUUCAUCGAGAGAAUCCUAUAAAUUAAGGUGGACAGUGACAUUUCAACUAUCAAUGUAAUAUCAUGAAGCAGCAUAAUAUAAUGCAAAAAAUCACUGAAAUGGAAGUCACCAAGUCGUAGUGCUUCGCCUUGAGCAAGUUACAUCCCUCCUGCUUGUGUGAAAUGCAAACCAUGUUUGCCCUGGAGGCUCCACAGGCCUCUUCUUGCCAGAAUCAGGAGACACUGUGUGUGGCAGGUAAUGUGAAAGAAAUGCUUUGAGAAACUGUAAGGCAUGAUACAAACGUAGGGUUAUCCAUCCACCUGUAAACAGAUGCAGGUGUAGCUACAUAUUUUAUAGUUUAAGAUUAAACAAAAAUCAAGGAACUAUUUACUAAUAAAGUUGAAAACAACACAACCAGGAUUUUGAAAUGGACAAACUAAUUGUAAACAGGAAGUUGAGUUUAUUUCAAAUCCAAUCUCCAACCUGCUAAGGAAUUUAGAUUUAUCCUAUGUUGCAAGUUUUAAAAACAGGUAAGCAACUGCCAGCUAUAACAUCAACAGUUAUUAGCUUCCAGGGAGCUUUGUCUUGGGAACAGUUUCUCCUUGUUGGAAAGAGAUGUGUCAGAUGAGUCUGAUGGGACUGUUUUAUGCUCUUGGGCUUUGGUUAAAUAAAACAAGGCAUUCAUACA